AAAAUGACUCCGAAGAGCAUCCUGCCCAUCCUGAUCGCCGUCUCAAUCAUUGUAAAGCAGACCUCAGCUCAGUUGGUGUGGGAGAAGAUAACGAUAUUGGGAGCAACCCGACCUGAAGGCAGGAGGGACGCGGGCUUGGCGUUCGACCGAAAGAGGAACCAACUGAUUUUGUUCGGAGGGCGGAGAGGAGAUGAACUCUUAAACGAUCUGUGGUUCUUUAACUUAAACACGAAUCGAUGGAGUACAAAAUUCAUCCUGUUCAGAUCUCCCGCAGCCAGACACAGUUUCGUGUAUGGUAUUUCUGGUGACAGUUUUUACGUGGUGAUGGGGGUGGGCGCCGAUGGCACGUACUUCAGCGACAUCUGGCGUUUAGAUCUAGCAAAUGAUUACUGGAGAGAGCUACCAGCGAGAGAUAUGCCAUCAUAUCUAAGCAAUCAAAUGUGGUUAUCUCUCUACGGCAACGCUAUGAAGCCAGCCGUCAGGGGCGGAGCAGCUGGCGGAAUAUUUGAAAAUAAAACACAUCUUUUCGUUGCGUUCGGAGCCGGCUCACAGAAAUAUUCGGAUGUCUACUCCUACGACGUCACGCAAUCUUCGUGGUACAGAGAUUUUGACGACACCCAUCCGUACUCACCAGCCUACCCUCACGCCAGGGACCAACACAGCGCAGCUAUGGUCGAUGAAGACACAUUACUCAUCUUUGGCGGUUGCCUUAGCGGUGGAAAAACCGGCGGUCCCUGUCCAAGUGGAGAUUCCUGGCUUUUCGACGGCAAAAGAAGAACAUGGGAACAAUUACCAAACUGUGCUCCGCCAAGGGUGUAUUCCUCUAUGGCCAUGCUUCCCUACGUCCAGGGCAAGAGACGAGUGAUUGUCUAUGGCGGCGACGAGCAGGGCAAACAGGUUCUUGCUACGAUACCAUCGCCAGACGAUGAAGUGGCAAUCUUCAAUCCUGACACGAAACUGUGGACACUGAGGAAAGCAACAGGCUCAAAGAUACCGUCGAAAAGGAUGUCUGUUGCUAUGGCCACCGGUGCUGAGGGUAUUUAUAUGUUUGGUGGCGCUACAGUUUCAAGUGGCAUCAUUUUAGACGGCCUCUGGCUCCUUCGAGGAGACGCUGCCUUCGCAGACAAAGCAGAAAUCUCCUCGGACUGCAGGACUUACGGGAAGUCGUUCGUCAACCUCAUUCUCCUCCAUGGGAUUCUGAUGACACUUGGUUGGGGAUUCUUCCUCCAGAUCGGAGCCCUGUUUGCUCGGUAUCUUAGGGAAAAGGCGCCGCUUUGGUAUCAUCUUCACAAGUUUUGUCAGGUGACGGGUCUCGUCUGCACCGUUGCUGGUGUCGUUGUGGCCUUUUUCUCCGUCCAGGGAGAACAUCUGCAAUUCGUGCACGGGAUGCUGGGUAUCAUUGUCAUGAUCCUGGGCAUCAUGCAACCAAUUGGAGUAAUAAUACGACCACGAGAUCCGAGACCAGGUGAAGUCAAAAGUACCAGACGAUCUAUGUGGGACGGAUUCCAUAAAUACACAGGCCGCAUCAGCCUCAUCGGUGGACUGGUGACCAUCUCGCUUGGCCUCCUGCUGGCUGUUCCCCACCAAAUCAUAUGGAUCCUAUGGUUCUCGUACGUGGGGUUGCUCGUCCUGAUUUACGUCUUCUGUGAAUUCUACAAGAAACUCUCUGAGAGGAACAAGAAGGUCUCCAAGUCGAUCACCAAAGAUAAGUUCUACGCGAACUUGUUGAAUGAGGCGUACACGCAGUCAACCUCGAGGCGUACUUCCAUCAACACGGGCCGCACAAUCUCCCAGGUUGAGUCGCCAAGGUUAGAAAGUAUGAUGAAAGGGAUGGUGAAUGGCGGUUUCGAGGCACCCAAAGGAGAGACAUCCUUGGAGCUGACGCCUCAUGAAAUCACGCAGUUCGGUGAAUCAGUGAAGCAUCGACCACUCAGUGACCUGUAUGAGGAAGAAGAGAAGGACACAGACCCCAUCUACGACAAUGUUGACAGUGCCAAACGCAUGAACGAUAUCAUCGAAGAGGAGCUAGACAGAGCCGCGAAGAAAGAUGUGGAGUCUCCACCGCCGGUCCCGGAGAAGUUGAACGGGUCUGUCAGGUUGUCCGUGACCGGCAAUUUCGAAACCAAAGACAAUGAUUUUGAUUUUGAUGACAUUUUCAAGUCUGUGGCGGGCAAUGAUGAUAUAAAUGCAAGCGUCUCCAGUUACUCAAAUGAUGAUCUCCCUGUAACCCACCUGUAA